AUGGCAACUAUUCGUGUUGGUUUUAUUGGACUCACUGCCGGAGACGGUAAUGGCCUGGGUCCAGGUUCGUGGGGUGUCUCUGCUCUCCUGCCUACUUUCGUUCUUUCACCACACUAUGAAAUCGUUGCACUCUGCAAUUCGUCUGUCGAGGCCGCAGAGAAGUCCAUCAAGUAUCACAAGUUGGCACCUUCCACUAAAGCGUACGGGAAUCCGGAGGAUAUUGCCAACGAUCCAGAUGUGGACCUCGUUGUCGUCUCGGUUCAUGUCUCGAAGCAUUAUGAACUGUCUAUCCCCGCAUUGAGAGCGAAGAAACAGGUCUUUUGCGAAUGGCCGCUUGGGAUUAAUGCUGUGCAGGCCGGGGAGAUGGUCAAGUUGGCUGAGAGGGAGAACGUAAAGACUGCUGUUGGUCUGCAACUUCGAGCUGAUCCAAUCAUUAAGAAGGUCAAACAGCUCAUCGAAACCGGAGUUAUUGGUCGAGUGACAAGUACCAUAGCCUUGGGCUGUUUCAACUAUGCCCCGAUCGAUAGUUGGAUGGCAGAGGCAGACUUUUACCUGGACUAUGAUAGCGGCGCUAAUGAGUAUCAUAUUGCGUUUGCUCACUUCAUGGAUGCUUUCACUCAUGUUCUAGGCGAUUUUGCCAGUCUCCAGUCUCUCCUGGAUAUCCAGCACCCCACUGUCAAGACUAUCGACUCGAGUUCUGGCGCUGUUGUCAAUCCAGCACGUAAAAAGACCGCCCCAGACCACUUUUUUGUCCAAGGCAAGCUCGGAACUGGCGCCAUUGCCAACGUCGCCUUCCGAAAGGUGAAUAAGACCGUAGACGGAAAGGGUCUUAAAUGGCUUAUCUCCGGUACCAAAGGGGAAAUUGAAUUAUCCAUGGACGGACCUAUGCUACAAAUGGAUCUGGAGAAAAAGCAUCUUCGUUUAGUCAUUGGACGAGAGGGGAAGGUACAGGAUAUAGAUUACGAUGAUCCAGAUGAACCUAAGUGUAUAAGGAAUGUGGCACCACCGGGCACCAAUACUGCUAGGUUAUUUGAGGGCUUUGCAAACAAGACAACUGCAGUUGCUAGCUUUGAAGAGGCAUUCAAGGUUCAUAAACUUCUAGAUAAGAUUGCUGAGGCGUCCGGCUUUUCUGUCAAGAACCAGACCCUGGUAUAG